AUGCUCUUCAAACGCUUGGAGGAGUGGCUUUCGCGAAUGGAGGCGGUUAUCGACAAUGCCCUCAGCACAUCGCGGCAGGUCAAGCCUUUCUCUCCACGAUCUUUCUGCUCAUCGGCCGGCGAGGCUUCUCUGGACGACGCACCCAUAACAAAGGUGCGGCGUAAAACCCGAAUGGCCACCCGAGACUCCUGGGACAAGGACUUGGAGGACAAGAGACCACAGCGUCAGGGAGAAGAAAGCCCAUCCGCCGCCAACAUAUUGCCGGAUUUGCCCGAGGACAGGCCGAAGUUUACAUCCACACGGACGAAGGGCCUCGAAUCGCAGGAGGUUCCUGGCUUGAGGCAACAAGUGGCAGGCUGCAUGCAGACAAUGCUCGCAACAAACCUCGACAAGGAGGAUGAAAAGCUCAGCUUUCCACGCAGAGUUCUUGCUCGCAUCGUGAAAUGCUGGCUGUUUGAGGCCUUCUUUGCACUCGUGAUUCUCUCAAACUCGGUCUUCAUCGCAAUUCAGGUGGAAGCCACCGCAAAGGAUCCAGGUAUCGACCAGGAUGUUGGUUACUUCGUUGUGGGCUCGAUCUACACUUUUCUGUUUACAACAGAACUUGUGCUCCGAGUGCUGGUCUUCGGCCUUACGGUCUUCAUUGGACCAGACUGGGCCUGGCUUCUUCUGGAUUUGCUUGUGGUGUCGUCGAGCAUUUUUGAGUUUGUCUUGGAGCUUGCUUUGCAACAGCAGGAGGACAGCACCAGUGUGCUAACAAAUAUGCGGCUUCUACGGAUCUUGCGCAUUGGAAGAAUCACGCGUGCCAUACGUGUGGUGAGGCUUGUCAAAUUUAUCCGGUCGCUACGGCAGCUUCUAUACUCCAUCGGACAAACCCUGAGAGCUAUGGCAUGGUCUGUGGUCCUUCUGGGUCUCAUCAUCUUUCUGUUUGGCCUGAUAUUCACUGACAUAUCCAGCGAGUACCUUACACGCGAUGUGAUCGAGAUCUCGGAAGAAUACGAAGGCUUCAUCGUGAAUCGAUUCGGCGGGCUGGAACGGUCGAUGCAUACGCUUUUUGCAUCUGUUACCGGAGGCUUGACUUGGAUCGAAGCCCUCGAUGCCCUUUCCCACAUAUCCACAGUUUGGGGCCUGCUGUUCGAAGCCUACAUAGCCUUCUGCUUGUUCGCGGUGCUCAAUGUGAUGACAGGUGUAUUUUGUCAAAGUGCUAUGGAAAGUGCAGAAAAGGACCACGAGCUUGUUCUGCAGAAUGUUGUCCAGGAGAAGGCAAAGUACUUCCGGGCGGUGCGUCGACUGUUUGCACAGUUGGACCAGAAUGGGGACGGUGGCAUCACUGCCAAAGAAUUCGAGGUCGCACUGGAGGAUCCUGCGCUGAUGCACGUGUUUGAUGCAUUGGAGAUCAGUGCCGACGAUGCGUGGAACUUGUUCACGCAGCUCGAUUCAGAUGGCGAUGCCCACGUCGAUGCUGAGGAGUUCCUGGAAGGCUGUAUGCUUCUGAAGGGACCGGCGCGCUCGAUAGACGUCAUGGGGAUCAAGAGGGACGUUGCUGUUGUGAAGCAUCGCUUGCAGCAGGUCUUCGCCACACUGAGACAUUCAGGAUGA